UUGUGUUUUCAGAGCUGUUCAGGAGAACCCAGUGGUGAGGAUGAGUAUGUGGAAAGAAGUUCCAGCUUCAGGAUUAUAUCUGGGUGUCAGGAGCAAUCGUCGGGUCACCAGUCCUAUCAAAGCGUGCCACUUCGAGUCUCAUCUGACCAAACUGCAGGCCGACUCUAACUACCUGCUGUCUGAGGAGUUUGAGGAUCUAAAGGACGUGGGACGCAACCAGACCAUGGACGUUGCCCGACUGCCCGAAAACCGAGGAAAGAACCGCUACAACAACAUCCUGCCAUGUUAGUACUGC